UAAUGGUAUUAUUAGAUGCUCUCUUCUCUCUCUCUUAACUUUCUCCAAGAUCUCGGGCCUGGAUUGGUCUCUUUUUGUUGUGGGCGAGGAGGAAAAGAAGGAGAAAUUCUCGAUCGAUUAGGUCGGGCAGAUCAGAUGGGCGGCGACGCCGCUACUCCUCCGCCACCGCCGCUGUGCCCGAGCAGCAGCAACAUCAAAUGGCACGCGGGGUGUGUGACCAAGAUCCAGCGCAGCAAUCUCCUCCGCCAAAAGGGCUGCAUCGUCUGGUUCACGGGGCUGAGCGGCUCCGGCAAGAGCUCCGUGGCGUGCGCGCUCGAGACGCGGCUGGCGGCGCUGGGCAAGCUCGCCUACGUCCUCGACGGCGACAACGUCCGCCACGGCCUCAACAGCAACCUGGGCUUCUCCGCCGCCGACCGCGCCGAGAACAUCCGCCGCGUGGGCGAGGUCGCCAAGCUCUUCGCCGACGCGGGGCUCGUCACCCUCGUCAGCCUCAUCUCGCCGUAUCGAUCCCACCGCGACGCCGUGCGCUCCUCGGUCGGAUCGCCCAGCUUCAUCGAGGUGUUCAUGGAUGUCCCUCUCGAGGUAUGCGAGCAGCGCGACUGCAAGGGGCUGUACAGGAUGGCGCGGGCGGGCGUCAUCAAGGGCUUCACGGGGAUUGACGAUCCUUACGAGCGCCCGCUCCGGCCGGAGAUUUGCUUGAGAGCUUUCGAUGCCGGGGAUGGCUCCGCGGUCUCGCUCCACUCCAUGGCGCAGACGGUGGUGGAUUACUUGGCCCAGCACGGCUUCCUCUCCAGCUAUGACUGCUCCGGGGACGCGGGAGCUCCCGCCGCCGCCGCGAAUGGGAGCUGUUGACAGGGAGCGCCUGCAUUAUCCGUGGGAGAAUAAGUUGCAAUGUCUACUCCUGGUAGACAUGACGCACACAACUAACGAUUAUUAUGUUUCUAGUGAAAGAUGUGGGGAAGAUUCAGCCUUGCUUUGGCGAAGCUGACGAUUCAAGUAAAUAAAGAACGUUCCAUUUUAUCACCGA